UUCAAAAUUUUUAGAAUUCACACAAUUUACUCAAAACAAAAAUUAGAAUGUCUUCUUCUUAUUCAUUUUUGUUGGCAGGAAGAGAGUUGGAUGUGUUCUUGAGUUUCAGCGGCAAGGUAGCUCUUGACCUUGAUCUCGGUUAUGAUUUAUCUCGGAAUGGUAUCAAAUCUUUUAAAUCCGAAAGCUGGAAGGAGAAUACUUUCAAACCAAUUGAUCAACGAACACUUGAGGCUUUGACAGAGUCCAAAGUUGCAGUUGUCAUGACGUCUGAUGAAGAAGCUUCUUCAGUUGGCUUCCUUGAAGAGCUUAUGGUAAUAGUUGAGUCUCAUGAGAAACGUUCACUCACUGUCAUACCAAUCUUCCUCACAAAACACCCUUUGGAUGUGGGACAAGUCUUUCAAUUAUUUCCUGAUAAAGCCCAAAUUUGGAAGACUGCAAUUGCCAAACUGGAAAGCAUAGCUGCACAGUAUUCAUUUUCUCGGAAUCUUCCGGUGAUCCACGGAACACACCGGAUCAAGCAAACUGCUGAUGACAUUAGGCUUAUGUUUCUGUCAUCUGCAUCAAGCGAUUUCAAAGGCCUUGCAGGAAUGGAUCGUCACAUGAAAGCGUUUCAUGCCUUGUUGGCUUUAGAAUCUGACAAAGAGGUUCGUACCAUUGGCAUUUGGGGUGGUGCAGGUGUGGGUAAGACAACACUUGCAAGGUACACUUAUGCAGACAUCUCUGUUAAAUUUCAGGCACAUAUUUUCCUAGAAAACAUGAAAGACAUGCUUCUACCGUCAGAAAAUUUCCAAGGGGAAGAUCUUAGAGGUUUGGAUCAUGAGUUGAAUGAAUUGGCCGAAGCAAAGAAAAAACAUCGCAAGGUUAUAUUUAUAGCUGAUGGUGUGCACAACAUUGAACAAGGGAAGUGGAUCACUGAGUACGCCAACUGGUUUGCUCCAGGAAGCAGAGUCAUUCUAAUCACCCAAGAAAGAAGUUUGCUUGUGGAAUCUGGAGUUAAUCAUGUGUAUGAAGUUGGUUCUCUAAGAUAUGAUGAAGCUCUCCAACUCUUGUCACGUUUUGCUUUCAAGCAGCUGUCAUAUCCUCCUCCUGAUUUCGAACGCCUCUCAGUUCGUGCUGUCCAGCUCGCAGGGUUUCUUCCUGUGACCAUUAGACUGUUUGGUUCGUUUGUAACCGGUAGAGAUAAAGAGGAGUGGGAAGCUACACUGCUUAAACUCAAUGCAAAGCAAGGUAAAGAUUUAAUGGAAGUGUGGAAGAUUAUGGACGCAUCAGAAGAUGAAGAGAUAGUGGAAGCAUCACAAAGUUAGGCAUGUAACUAAUACAAGUCCGAAGAAUCACCGGUUUGGUUUCCUCAAUGAUGAUAUAUAUGUAUGUCCACGCUUGUAAAAUGUUGGUAUCCACAAACUCCAUAAGCUUUAUAUUUCUUGAAACUGUGGCGACAAGUUUUAACUGUUGCUGUUAGUAGAUAGAUUAUAAGCGCAGAUUGUUUAGUUUCUUUCACACAGCUAUGGUCAUAAACACAUUGGUAUUUGCGUGCUAUCUCACUGAUCCAAUAAAAGUAGACGUAGUAGCAGAAAUAGAGGAGACACACCUGCUUGAAACCGCUGAUACAGAGAAUGGGCAAUAUUAAUGCAUUCAAAAACAUCUAAGACCCUAGUACGAC